AUGCAGAAGGAAAUGAAGAUGAUCAAAGAUGAGGAUGUGCACUUCAGUCUGGGUGUGAAGAGAGCUCCCUCCUUUCCCCACUGCCUGCAGCCAGUGGUUUCCCGAGGGAAAGCUCCCCAAAGGCACCCCUUCCCAGAAGCUCUCCGGGGGCCUUUUUCCCAAUUUCGGUAUGAGCCUCCUCCCGGACACCUAGACGGAUUCCCGGGGGUCUUUGAAGGAGGAGGGUCCCGGAAACGGAAGAGCAUGCCCACUAAGAUGCCGUACAACCACCCCGCGGAAGAGGCCCCUCUCUCCCUCCACUCUGAGGAGAGCAAAAACCAAGGCCCUCCGAGCCUCCCUCUGCUCUUUCCGCAGCCCCCGCGCCCCAAGUAUGACUCGCAAAUGAUCGACCUGUGCAACGUGGGCUUCCAAUUCUACCGCACCCUGGAACACUUGGGGGGCAAGCCCGUCAAGCAGGAGCCCGUGAAGCCCAGCGCCGUGUGGCCCCAGCCGGCCCCGUUCCUGCCCACGCCCUACCCCUACUACCCCAAGGUGCCCCCGGGGCUCAUGUUCCCCUUCUUCAUGCCCUCGGCCUCCCCCUUCCCCUUCGGCCGGCACACCUUCAUGCCCAAGCAGCCCCCGGAAGCGCUGCUGCCGCGCAAAGCCGAACCUCCGGAGAGCGAGGAUACCAAGCAGAAGGUGGAGCGGGUGGACGUGAACGUGCGCAUCGACGACAGCUACUACGUGGACGUGGGCGGGGCGCAGAAGCGCUGGCAGUGCCCCACCUGCGAGAAGUCCUACACCUCCAAGUACAACCUGGUCACCCACAUCCUGGGCCACAGCGGGAUCAAGCCGCACGCGUGCACGCGCUGCGGGAAGCUCUUUAAGCAGCUCAGCCACCUGCACACCCACAUGCUCACCCACCAGGGCACGCGGCCCCACAAGUGCCAGGUGUGCCACAAGGCCUUCACGCAGACCAGCCACCUGAAGCGCCACAUGAUGCAGCACAGCGAGGUGAAGCCGCACAACUGCCGCGUGUGCGGCCGUGGCUUCGCCUACCCCAGCGAGCUCAAGGCCCACGAGGCCAAGCACGCCAGCGGGCGCGACAACAUCUGCGUCGAGUGCGGCCUCGACUUCCCCACGUUGGCCCAGCUCAAGAGGCACCUCACCACGCACCGCGGCCCCAUCCAGUACAGCUGCUCCGAGUGCAACAAGACCUUCCAGUACCCGAGCCAGCUGCAGAACCACAUGAUGAAGCACAAGGACAUCCGGCCCUACAUCUGCUCCGAGUGCGGCAUGGAGUUCGUGCAGCCCCACCACCUCAAGCAGCACUCGCUCACCCACAAGGGCGUGAAGGAACACAAAUGUGGGAUUUGCGGGCGGGAGUUCACUCUGUUGGCCAACAUGAAGAGACACGUGCUGAUCCACACCAACAUUCGCGCCUACCAGUGUCACCUCUGCUACAAGAGUUUUGUGCAGAAACAGACCCUCAAGGCACACAUGAUCGUCCACUCUGAUGUAAAGCCUUUCAAAUGCAAGCUGUGUGGAAAGGAAUUCAACCGGAUGCACAACCUCAUGGGUCACAUGCACCUGCACUCCGACAGCAAACCCUUCAAGUGUCUUUACUGUCCAAGUAAAUUCACCCUAAAGGGGAACCUGACACGCCACAUGAAAGUCAAGCAUGGGGUCAUGGAGCGGGGCCUCCAUUCUCAAGGUUUUGGAAGGGGGAGAAUUGCCCUGGCCCAGACGGCAGGAGUACUCAGGAGUCUGGAGCAGGAGGAGCCCUUUGACCUUUCCCAGAAGCGUGGGCCAAAGGGGCCAGUGUUCCAGUCAGAUGGGGAGAGUGCCCGGGGCAGCUCCUGCCAUGAGGAAGAGGAGGAGGACACCAGCUGUGAGGUGGGAGGAGACAGCCCGGGCCUGGCGCCCCAGAGCAGGCAGCCCUGCACACCCCACAAUCUACCCACACAGCCCGAGCAGGCUCCCAGGGCACUCGAGGACACCUGUGAGGAGGAGGAGGAGGAGGAGGACGAGGCCGAGGCCGAGGAGGACAAGCCAAAAGGAGAGCACCAGGAGAGGAACAAGGACAGCCUCGGGGCAGAGGGCAGCCAGGAGAGAGAAUUGGCCCCCAGAGAAGAGUGUCUCCGCCUCAGGGCUCUGCAGAGUGCCCGGCGGGGGCCCUCCUUUUCUGAUUACUUGUACUUCAAGCACCGAGAUGAGAGUUUAAAAGAAUUACUGGAGAGGAAAAUGGAAAAACAAGCAGUGCUUUUAGGUAUCUAAGUGGACAGUUUUAAAAUUGCAUUUGGAAAAUGAGAACUAGGCAGCUCAAAUAUAACUUUCUGCAUGAGCUGUCAUUUGCUGGAGACCGGCGAAUGGUGCAAAUCUUUACAAAUGGCUCAAGACUACAUGACUGGGGGUUUAUCCUCAGUCAUGUAAAUGCUUCUCAGGUCUUUCCCUGGGCCCUUGGUUUCUAACACCCAUGCAGGGUCCUCCAGUGCUAUUUUACACAACUCCACUAUAAUAGACUGUCCAUAUUCUAGAUACCUAAUUGCAAGCUGACACUGAGGUGCUUUUCAGAAAUUCUGUUUUCCUUUGACUAAUAUGCAAUACAUGGUAAAUUUCCUUUUAGUUGCAAAAAUAUGGUGCUUGAUAUGUUACCUUAUUAAUGAUGAUUUAGUUGAAUGUGUGGAAGUAAUAAUCUUUUUCUAGAUAGAUAAAAAUGUUAGUAGUUGUAUAUAUGAAAAUCACCUUUAUUAAAUAAGCCAACAUACCAGAGACGACAAGGAGAGUGAGGUAUUGAAGAGGAUAUUCUCAAGUAGUUGGUGCAGAUAUAAGAGAGAAAGUUAAAGAAAAUACGAAUUUUAGCUAAUGAAAAACCAGCAGUACUUAGAUUCCUGCCUAGGUCUGCCUCGUUUGACAUCAGCUCACUUCAUUAGAUGUGGCAUUUGGAGCAUAUUUUCAGAGGCCCCCAAAGUGGUCAGCACCUGCAGGCUAAUCUCUUGUGUCCUCAGUAGAGCUCCCUCCUGGAGAUCUUGCUCUGAGGCCCUAGGCCCCAUAAAGUAACUGCAGAAGUUGUUGCCUUACAAGCAGUGGAUUUCUCCUCAGCACUGGAACUAGGGGCGUGGGGAGGAAGCCUGGCCAUCUAAGUGCUGCUUAUUGAGACUAUCAGAAUAGCCAUCAGCUCAUUACUGCUAAGGGAGAUGCUGGAUUGUGUUCUCAAUGCUGCCAGCAUGUUAGAAUCAUCUAGGGGAACUUAAAAAUAUAUAUAUCAAUGCUGAGGUCUCAACCUCUGAGAUUCUGAUUUAGUUUGGCCUAGACCGGAUCCCCAGCUCUGGUCUUUUCUAAAAGUCUUCCCCAGAUGAUUCUUCUGUGCAGGAAGAUGGAGAAAGACCGACUAGGCUAAUAGGGUGGUUCCCAAGACCCUUCCUUUGGACUCCAUAAAUAUGUGUUUCUGGCUUCAGACUCAUUAAAAUACAGAUCAGGAGACCUUGAAAUCAUACUGCUCGCUUAGGGCUUCUUACCUGAUCUGGAAGAGUCUCACAAGGACACAGACACACGUAUGUGUGCAUGCGCGUACGUGCGCACGCACACAGACACACACACACACACACUCUGUAGAAACACACACUCUUUUUAUUAGAAGAUGAUGCCUGUGAUGUUUAUGGUCACCUAAUAUGUUUAAAAAUACAUGGCCAGCCUACAGUGACUCGUUAUCUCUCCCUAGAUGCUUGAAUCAUGAUUCUAGUGGGUGGCGAUGACUGUCAUGGGUGGGUGGAACCCAGCUGUAGGCUUUCCUUAGGCACGGGUGCCAAGUAAAGCAGGGGUCAAGGGACAUCGCAGACUGACCAUAAGCAGUAACCCUCUGGUACUGUGUCUGUGUUUAAGUAAAAACUGCCUCUUGGUUAGUAGUUUCAACUCUUACUGAUAGAGCUAGGUACUGUUUCUUGUGUUGCUUUCUCUCCUCCUAAAGUUCCAGUACAUUUCUUGAGAAGACCUGGCCCAUCUCUGAUGGCUGGAUGCCAGCUUUUUCUCUUGGCCAAGGCUUCCCCCUGAGCCUCAUCCACUUCUAAUCAUCCCCACCCCCCACCCUGCCCUCACUGUGCGCUUUGUCAAUCCCUGACACAUUUCUCCUGCCCCCUUGCCUAAAGCUCUUUCUUUCAACCUCACCACCACUGCAAAGUGCCAAAGCUGUUUGGGUUUCCUACCCACUCAUCUCCUGAGGUCAGGCUCCUACAAAGGGUAUGCUGAAGGGAAUAGUGUGGGUUUCUGAGGGUACAAACCCAAUUCUGUGCCGGGAAAAUGUCCCAAGACCUCAGAGGCAUGGCUUGCCUUCUGUUCAUUAUUAAUAUAGCUCAUUAGUGCCUCUGGUAAAAUCAUGCAGGAGGCUGGCAACAUGGUCUGUGAGGCCUCCAACUCUCAGGGUUCUGUCACAAGUUCAUUCUCUCAGUAGCCUAUAGUAAUUGAAGACAGACUUCCAUGGUGCUCUGGGUAUGCCUUACCAGAACCAGGAAAUCUAGAUUACCAAACUCUAGUCUUUUCCAACCAAAUGAAUCAUGUGAGAAUGUUCGAGGAUCAAGUUUAUGUUGAGAUGGAGAGAGUAUGGUCUAGAAUGGUGGUUUCCAAAUUGUGGAUUGAGGAGCCAGAGGUCCCUCUUAGGCCCCUCCGAAGCUGCUAGGGAAGAAGGAGAAACUCUCAGCUCUCACACCCACUGCACUCAAAGUGGCUCACAUUUCAUCUGUUUCUCAUGUUAGCCUUCCAAGUAAAAUUUCAUUUUGAGGGAGAAAAAAGAUGUCUAAGAAAAGUAAUUUACAAAGUGUGAGGAAGUAUAUUAUAAAGCCUGUUUUUAGUUCUUGACUCUGGGUAUGAGAGACUUAAUUAGAUCUAGCCCAAUGGUAAAUAUACAUUGACUUUGUAAGAAUUAAGGCUAAAUCUUGGUUUUGUAUGAUAUUGAGUGACCAGAAUCCUGAUUUGCCUGGACUGACCCUGGUUUAUAACUCUGCCCCAGGAAAAUUCUAAGAGCAUCACCUCGACUCUCAAAAGUAUCCCAGUUGGGGUGCCGAAUUCUAUGAACACCCAUGCACAAGUGCAGAGCGAAGGGAAGGGUUGGCCAAACUGCCUACUGGGCUAAUGAAUAAGAGUGCAAACCUGAAGGACAGCACAUGGGGAUCACCCCGAGAGAAUUCAGGGUAAAACCAUCCAAGGUUAUCAGCUCUCUAAGGGCUAGGGCAGCAUAACAUUCGCCUUCUUGUGACACUCUGAAAAUAGGUCACUAUCGAACGCUCUCCAGGAUUUUGACCGCUGUCACUCUGAAACAGCCAAGUAACCAGCCAAGUGGCAUAUUUUUCUUUUAUCCGUUUUCUUCAGGCCUAUGAUUACCUCCCUGUUUUUCCUUCUAAUUCCUUCCAUUCUUUCUUUAAAAAAAAAAAAAUUUGACUCCCCAUUGGCCAUUAGACUGAGGCUGAUCGUUCAUAACCCCACAAGGGUAACUGGAAUAUUUGUAUAUGAGUAGCUGCAUGAGAAAGUCCAAUGUGCAUACUGUAUUUAUUAAGCCCGAAAGGCAUUUAAUAAAAUAUUAACAUUGCAUUUUGAAUCUUGAUCUUUGCUUUGCUGGAACAAAAUGUAACAGAGCUAACAUUUAAAAAUCCUUCACAUAUUUGGACAACAUUACACCAAAUGUUGAUUUUGUACAGAACUCUGGCUUGCUAUUUAAAUACUAAAACUCCAAGUAUGUAGUACCCCAAGUUGUGAAUAUCGCUUUCUGCUUCGGUGAAAAAGCAGUUUACCUGAAAAUAGCAUGUAACCUAUAUUUUGUUAAUUUAAGCAAAUAAAG